UCCGGUCUAAACCCACCAUCCUGCUUUACACCAGUCAUAUAUAUAUAUAUAUAUUGGGAUCUUCUAGCUAAAAUACAGAGACAUGGGAAACUACAUUUCUUGCACUCUUUCCAGCGCCGGUGGCGGCAGGCAUUCCAGAGCGACAAAAGUGAUCUUCCCGAGCGGCGAAAUCCGACAAAUCCAUGAACCAACUAAAGCGGCGGAGCUCAUGCUCGAAACGCCGAACUUCUUCCUCGUAAACUCGGUGUCUCUCCAUAUCGGGAGGAGGUUCUCUGCGCUCAGCGCCGACGAGGACCUGGAGAUGGCCAACGUUUACGUAAUGUUCCCCAUGAGGAGACUGAACUCUGUAGUGACGGCGGGUGACAUGGGCGCCUUGUUCCUCACCGCCAACUCCACCGCCCAGCACCGGCGGGUCAUACCGGAGUCUGGAGACGACGGUACUCCAAACUUGUUCGAAGGGAAAGCAGGUGAUGAUGAAUGGCACGAAAGCGAGGCAGCCGUGGAGGUGCCAAAGCUGAAUUUGGAUGAUAUUGAGGAGUUCUCGGCGCCGGAGUUUAUCCACAGGCUGUCCAUGUGCAGAUCAAAGAAACCAGUGUUGGAGACCAUAGCAGAAGAGGCAGUUUUUUCAUAUUAAAUUACAUGAUUUUAAUUAUGUACGUAGAGUGUUAUUGUGUGU